AUGGUCUUCCAUCUUAUCCCAGCCCUCGCAGUCGCAGGCGUCAAGUAUGUGAUCAAAGAAGCAACUGACGCUCCGACCUGCGGAUGCGGCAAGGAGAAGAUGAAGAUGUGGGCGGGCUUCCGUAUCAUCUUCCUUUGUGAGGAUUGCGAAGACGGCAUGGCAGUCAAGUUGGGACUGAAGGCCGUGCAGAUCGCGACUUUUGGCUUGGCUUGA